CUGUCUUCAAAAGCUUGGAAGGAUUCAAACAACAAAGAGGUCUAGAAAACCACAAUUUAACUCAAGCUAUUUUACACUAAAAGAUAAGCAAGCAGACUUGAGAAGCCUAUUUCCAACCGACUCUGCUAUUUGAAUUCUAGUUAAAGCAAGAUUCCACCACAUCUCAGAGAGAAAUAUACAGAGGGAAACUCAGGCUAUUUGACUUCGAAUUAAAGCGAGAUUCCAUUACAUUCUUCUAUCGUAAACACACCCAAUAUACAAAAAAAAAAUCUCAAGAACCAAAGAUGAGACAAGUAAAUCAAACCCAGAUGAACGAAAUCUCAGAGAGCGAGAUACAGGGGAAAAGAAGAAUCGAGAAAACAGAGAGGGGGCAAGAUCUAGAAGAGAAGAAGAUGGGGGAACCUAGAGACCAGCACGAGAAGAGCGAGAGGUGGGUUUCUUCUUCUCUCAGUCCUUGUCCUUGUUUUCUAUUUCUGAAGGUGGGAGUUUCCAGAGAAUCCACAGCCACAGGGUCCGAUGGUCGGGAGAAGGAGAAGUUGGCGGCGUCGGGGUCGAUGGUCGCUGAUCGAGAAUCGGGAUUGCAGGUAGGCGGCGACGUCGGGAUACAAUGGUGGAACUGGAGUAGUCAUCAAAUCUAGAUAACAAGAAUUCACUGAGUAGUCAUCAAAUCUAGGACCCGGAUUGACAUUAAAACCCAAACCCGCUAUACUACGCUUCAGGAAGUGGUUUCACUUGGCCAAUUCUAAGAGUGACAGUAGAAGUGAGUCAAUAGGCCACCAUCUUUUCUUACUCCCCUUUACAAAAAUAUGAGGUUGUACCUUUUCACCUAUUGAUUAAGUAAAGCAGGAGUCUUGUAUAAAAAAAAGCAUUGUCACCGUGACAACCUACAUCUCCACCCUCCAUUUCAUCAUUUUUAAAUUGAAUGUCAAGAUUGAUUAGGAUUAGUUUUGGACCAAAAAUAAUAACCAAAUCUACUUACUAUGGUUAAAAUAUGGAUUUGCAUAUAUCUCUCCCCAAAUCCUAGAUAAUCCUAUUCUCCUCUCUCCCUCCGUCAUUCCCUCUUUCUGUUCCACCCGUCUGCAAAAUAAAAAAUCCUCAAAACGGCCCAUGUCGGCUUCCGCUGCUUAGUUGAAAAUGUUGAGGCACUCAAAGAUGUUGACGAAUUUGUCGUGGUCGGUGAUAGUGAUCCCGAGGACGUAGAUCCCAUUGACGAGGCGAUAGACAACACGGUACUGGCUCUCCAUGUUGACGAUGAGCUGCCCGCUUGAGGGAGGGGAGGAAACACUCUUCGCCUUCCGCCUUCCAAUCCUCCACCUCCUCUUCCUAUAAUACCAAAACUCUUCUUCCUCUUCCUACUAGCGGUGUUGGUCUUGUCAUGGACCACGAGAGCACAACCAACUUUCCGCUGCAGGACUGCGGAUCUACUCUGCAAUGGUAUUGUUUUCUUUCAUAUUGGUAUUGUUUUGUUUCAUAGUGGUAUUAUAUUGUUUUUUUAAUGAUAUUGUUUUGUUUUCAUAACAGAUGUGGUACAGGUUCACAUUGAAAUGAUAUUUAUUUCUAUGGUUUUGAUUUGGUUCUAAAAGUGGAUUCAUUUUGGUAUCCAUUGAUUUUUAAUAUGGUAUUGGUUUGAUUCUUGUAAUGGUAUGGAUUUUUCAUAGUGGUAAUUUUUGUCAUGUACUAGUACUAUUUUUUUCGUAAUGGUAUUGGUACAUCUUGAACUGGUAUAAGUAUUUUUGAAAUGAUAUUGUUUUUUAAUGAUUUGGUACAGUUCUCUUAUUUCAUUUUUAUAAUGGUAUGGUUCAUUUGAACAGAGACAAGAGAAGAAUCGAGAAAAAGGCAGAGAGGUGGCUGGAGAAUUGCUGAAAUGAGAGAGGUAGGGAGUGGGGCUUAAUGAGAGAGAAAAAUCCAAUUGACACAUAUUUUUAACUUUUGAAAAUGGAUCUUAUUAAAAAUGGUAAUUAAUAAAUAUUUAUUUGUCAUGCCCAAUUUUUCCUUAGUAGUCACCAUAUCCGCUCCCCCUGUGAUAUUCUAAUAUAUGCAAGAGAUCCAUACUCGCACAUGACUAAAAUAUUUUCCUUGUUGUCACCAGGGAUUGCCAAAUUCGUCGCGUAAAGAUAAUUGGUCGUAAUUCUCUUGAUUCUUCUCUUAUGAUGGUUGUAGCUUUCGUUUUCAGCAAAUAUUAUUUUCACCUGCUUGCAUAUGAAGGUAGGAGAAAUGAAUUAAUAAAGGGUAAUUGUGUUUUUUUAUCCUUGAUAAGUUUGUUGCUUUUUUAUUUACAAAAGAUAACAAUCUCCACUUUGAACUGAUAAAAUUUUCAAAUUCAUAUAUUGAAACAAUGCAUAUAAUUAGAAUUCAAAAAUUGAUUAUAUGCAUCAAUUCAAAGAAUCCUGACCUCCUAACAUGGCCUAAGUCAUCCAUCCACUCUCAGAAUAUUAACAAACGCACCUCUUGUGCAUUUUCUAUCUUAUCCUUGUUAGUGAUGAAUCUUAAUCUUCCACAACGCCCUCAGCUAAGUCAAAGACAAAUAUAUAAAAUGCCCUCAACUUAUUCACUCUAUUGAAUAAUCAGUUGGAUCUCCCUAGCCGUUGAUAACCACAUCGCACUUAUCGCCCAUGUUCCCACUAGGAAGUUGUGCUACUUCGACUGCUCAUGGAGUUUUCGCCCACUUAUAGAUAAAUCAUACAGGACUGCACUCGCUUAGUUGAAUGGUUGCAAGGCCAACCAAACCGCAACGUCAUUUUUUCAUAAUCACACCGUAGGUCAUACCAUUGAUCCAUGAAUUUGGCUCAUGGCCCCAUGACACCAUAUUGAAACUUUAGGAAAUAACAAGGUUGUCAAACAGGUUUAUACCUGUGUGCCGGUUUCACAAAUGAAAUGGUCCGACCGUGGUAUAACCGGUACAUGCCAGUUUUUGCCGGUUUCAACAAAAUAGGUAAGAAAAUGUGAAAAAAAGGAAAAGGAAGAGUGUACUUAAAAAAAGGAAAAGGAAGAACCUUAUUAUUUGGCCUCUACAAGCAAAAAGGUAAUAGUGGGGUCAGCGAGUAAAAAGGUAACUAAUUUGGUUUAAUGCUGUCUAGAAAUUUAGAUUGAAAACAAAAGGUACUUCAAAUAGAGCACUUCUACUAUGCUAUAUAGUAUUGGUGCUUUAAUGUACAAGUUAAAGUUGUACCAUAAUAUUAAAUGUAUAAGUUUAGGUUGUACCAUAAAGCAAUUUGUACCAUUAUGUUAUGGUACAACUUUACAACUUGAAGUUGUACCAUCACAUAAAGGUACAAGUUCAAGUUGUACCAUAAAAGAAUUUGUACAAAAAGUAUAGGUACAAUCUGAAGUUAUACCAUAACAUAAACGUACAAUUUUAAGUUGUACCAUAAAGGCAAAAUCCUAUAGCACCAAUACUAUAUAGCAUUGUAAAAUUUCUCCUUCAAAUAACGACAAAGAGUAGAGUAGAGAAAGGGAAAAGGUGGAGGUGGGUCCUACUGGAGAGGUGGGAUGGAUGGUACUUGGUAGUAUGCGUAGGUCUAGGUCAGGGGGAAGAACCAAAAAAAUAGGGCCACUUCAAUUACUUCCAGAAUUAUGCCUCCCGGUUGAACCACACGGCAUUUCCGGUUUUGAUCGGUAUUGACCUAUCCCUCUUACCGAUGACAUUCCAGCCGGUUUUAUGACUGAUACUGGUUCAACCUGGUUCAACCGGCCAGCAUGCCACCAGCAUGAUAACUAUAGGUGUCAAUCGGGCGGGUUCGGGCGGGUUCGGGCUGGGUUCAAUCGAGUUCGGGUUCAACCGGGUUGCGAGUUCAUCGAGUUUGGGUUCAAACGGGUUGCGGGUUAGUCGGGUUGCGGGUUCAUCGGGUUCGGAUUCAAUCGGUUGCGGGCAAAUCGGGUUGCGGGUUCAUCGGGUUUUGGGUCGGGCGGGUUGCGGGCGGGUCGGGUUUCGGGUUGUUCGGGUCAGUGCAUCAAGUAACUUAACUCAUUACUCAUUACCAACUUACAUAUUUUAUUACACUAAUUUAAAAUAUUUUCUCAACUUUUUAACCAAUUUAUUUCUAUCUCGUAUAUAUAUACUUUAUUUUUUUGAAAAAAACUAGUCAAAAUUUUAAAUCAAUUUGUAUGACUUGCAAACUUGUUAUGUAAUUAAUCAUAAUUGGUAAAGUAUUAUAGCUAAUAGUAAUGGUGAUAUCAAUAUUUGCAACCAAAAGACACCGUUAAUUGUUUAUUUGAUAUUUUAGCAUUAAUUCAGUAGUAAUUGGAUUAAAGUAUCUCGUUUAGUAUAACCAUGCAAAUCUGGUAUUUGGCGUGUGGUAUUUGGCAAAAGCAUAGUGAUAAAAGGAGUUAUUUCAAAAUAACUCAUUGCCCAAAUAACUUUAGUAAACUGUUGCCAAACGAGUUAUUUGUAAAAUUGUUCGAAUUAUCCUAAAAACUGAACCAUUAAAGAUUAGCUAUCAAAUUUAGUAAAAUUAUUGUGACUUCAAUCAUAACUUACUCAAUAGCAUAUAUCCUAUACACUUAGCUUUACCAUCAAUCAACAAUAUUAAGUUAG